UCGUAGCCGGUCGAGGGAAACGGGUGUUCCGGCUCUCCCGUCUCCCGGUUGUCCCAUCUCUCAUUGGUCAAACUAAGCCUAGUUUUGGGGGUUGAACCUAAAAAAAGAAGAAAUAUUAACAAGAGAGAUGGUACUUGCGGACGCGACAUUGAUGGACAAUCACCACUGUCAUCAUCGCACCUUCUCAGCGAAUGGUAAUCCGGAAGGUAUCACGAUACGCAAUUUAGUGGACGGCGAGACCUUGACUUAUAGCUUGGCCCUGAUAAAGGGUCGCGCACCUGCGCUGUGCAGUUACAUUACCGUUCGGGGUCACAAGAACGUGACCUCGGAAUGGCCGAUUAUCGCCGGGCAAUUCCGUGUUCUGGUGGACUUGGCACGUGGCCCGAACAAAUUAGAACUCGAGGCGGGCGGACAUAAAAGAAGAUUAGUCCUCAUAUAUGAACCGAGAACUACAAGGCUGCGAGUGACACCGGUCUAUGUCAUUUGUGCGGGUCAUGAUGGUUAUUUUCAGGGUCCACGUAAUGAAGAUCGAUCACCUGAGAGCGCGGCAACGAGAAUAGGACUCGGUGCCAGGCUUCUACAGACACUAAUGGCUGAAAAGUUGCAAGAGGCCGGUUACGGCAGGAAGACCUUUCAGCUAGAAAGAGAUCUAGAUGGCCCAGAAUGUUUGGUGAUGCAUAGCAUGCUUCAUGUGGACCAGGCACGAGCGAUGAAACAAAGGGAACUGUGGGAGUUGAUCGCGCGUGAACUAAUGACCGGACCUUUAGCGUCUAAAGAUCGCAAAUAUCUCGCGUUUUUGUCAUGUACGAGAUACCGUGGCGCGCCCAGUCCUCGUACGCAUGAGGAUACUUUGGCGAGAACGCAAGGUCAUGCGGCCCUUGGCGGAGGUGGCCUAGCGCUUUUCGGUUCGGCAUGUCUUCACACCUGGCCUACGUGUAUGGCUCAGGUGUUAUCGAGAUUUCUCGACGCAACUGUUAUCGAUACCGAGCAACUCAUGGACGACAGUAAUUAUCGUGGUACACACGGUGGCUGCUUGGCGACAACGUUAGGCUCUGUCCUACACGAACUUGGUCAUACCUUCGAUCUUGGUCACACUCGAGAGGGGAUAAUGGGUCGAGGAUUUGAUUACGUAGAUAGGGUUUUCGUAGGCGCAGCUGGAAUAGAUUUCAAUCGUAACCCUAUUAGAAGAGACCCCCAACACACAACUGUCGCCCUCAGUCGACCACUUAGCGUCACAGUAACUGUGCAAGAAUCCGUACUAUCGAGUCCACGGAGGGGUCGAUUGCUCUCGGAAACAUCCAGACCAUCAUCGUCGUUUACUUCGAGGCAGUUGCGAGGAAGACUUUCAGCGCCAGCUAGUCCUGAGCUUAAUAGAUCUCUAUCUAAGAGUUUAAUCGCCUCAGAACCCUUUUCACAACCUGAUCGGACAUUCUGGGGUCCAUCAUGCGCAGCAUUACUCGCAUAUCAUCGCUGGUUUAACAGCGAAAUGGACAAUCUUUCCAAUAGACGUCAUCAUGAAAUAGAGUACGAUGGAAAAAGAAAUGUGGUCAGAUCACGAUAUGGAGUACGAGUAAUAGAGCUUAGAGAGACGUCGGGUGGAAUGGUUGUGGGUUCCCGUCAAUUUCCUGGCUUACGACCACCUUUGGAGGCUUUAGUUCCAUCGCCGCCACCUCACUGCCUCACCACUCUUACCCUCGUUGCCGAAGACUCCACCGGCAAUGUGCUCAAACAUCCUCUUCCCACUGCCUUUUAAAGGUCAGAAGAAACAAUGAUGCAUAAUUUUAUUUUCUAGUCCAGCGAAGAUUGUUACAGUUUGUAAGCAAUAUUUGCUUUAUAUAUAUAUAUUGUAAAUCAAUCAAAGAUAUUAUAUUUUUAUUUGUUCUUUUUUCUUAAAAGUUUAGAUAUUUUUAUUAAAUGUGUAUAGCAAUGAUUUUUUUAGUGAUAUCUCACACGCUAAUUAUUUGUCAAUACAUUCGCCUAGAUAUAAAAGAGAUAUUUUUAGAUACACACACGUGCGCGCGCGCGCGCGUGUGUGUGUGUGUGUGUGUGUGUGUGUGUGUGUGGUAUGCCAUUAAUAAAAUGCAAUAUGAAGAGUGAGAAUAAAAAUUUGUGAGAAGUGUACGAAGAUAUUUAUAAUUUAAUUUUUAUGAAUUUUAUAUUUUUUAAAUUUCUUGUAUGUAAAAUAUCAAAAUCUCUAGUUUCUAUUUAAUGUGUGAUCAGAAAUUAUCGUCGAAAUAUUAAAGCAAAAUGUACAACUUUUUGUUUUUAUAAAAUUAUGAAUCAAUGUAUAGUACUGUCAUUAUGCAUUCCUUUCUUUUGAAAAUACAAACUAUAAAUACUAUUUCAGCCAAAUAGAAGGUAUGAUAAAUUUGCAUGUAAAAUUUGAAAAAAUUCCAUGCACAUGUUACAUAACUUAAUAAAUUUAUUUUGAUGCUUUUUGUUAUAUCUUUAGAAGCUCCAAAAAUAAUGGGAUGUUUAAGUAUUUAUGUUAUAGAUUAUACUUUUAAAUACGAUUUGUAUGUAUAGCUGAAAAUCAAAUAGAAGCUUAUAUCCAUAUGUAACUGACACACAAAUAAUAUGGAUUUUAUAUAAUAUCACAUAAUGGCGUAGUCAUAUGACAAAUAUUUGAUAACACGUCUUGCUCAUGUACAGCUCUUUCCAUGUUGUCGAAUAUGCAGGGAACUACUUUAGGAUAAUUUAUUUUAUAAUAAUAGUCCCUAGUGCUCCAUGAGCUAUAGCCUUAAUUCUUAUUAAUAUAAACAUAAUAAUUAAUAAUAUUCUUAACGUGCACAAAUGCAUUAUGAGCAUUAAAAUGAGGAAUAUAUUUAGUACAUAAGAUAUUGAAAAUGCUUGUGUAUGUAAUUAUACAUUGCGGAAAUUUCAUAUAGAAUAAUCUACAAAACGUGAUUAGACAAAUACUUAUGUAAGUAGGAUUUUUAAAAAGACGAUAAAGUUUCUCUAGUAAAGUUGCUAAGGUACCUAUAUGUAUAUCAUUAACUGUUUAAGUGCCAUGCAGCAUAAAUGCCAUCGAUUUUUCAUGUCAAAAAAUGCAUUGCAACAAUAAGUUGAUAAUGUGUUCAAUUUCUACUAUAAUUCAUAAAGUUAGGCUUGGAAUGAAUUUGUAAAGGUUUAUCUACACAAACUUGCAUAACCAUACGCAUAAAGAAAAUUAUCCGAUCAUAAAUUGCACACAUCCUUAUAAUGUGAAUUUUCAUUAUGUAUAUAUAUGGUUAUGUAAAACAAAUUUUUAAUAACAAAAAUUGCUAAGAUUAAUACUUGGGUGAAAAUUCCCUCAGUAGUGCUCCAAAGUUAACCAGUUUUUUUUUCAAUUCAUUUAUUAAAAAUAGGUGAAAAAUAUGUAUUUUUAAUAAAUUAAUUGUUAUCAUUUAUAUCAUUUAUGACAUAAAACAAGGGCAUAAAUUGGCUGCAUAAUAUUGUUCGCACGAGUUUUUACGACCACCUUCAGCACUUAAAUAGUUAAGCAUACAUAUAUAUAUAUUAUAUACUAAAUUAUUUUAAUAAGUUAGGCUAGUAAACCAAAAUUACAAAGACAAUAUGCCAUCAAUUCUAGCAAACUGAUAAAAAUAUCUAUAUGUAUUGAACUAGGAAUAAAAAUUCAUUAGAAAGAUGA